UUCUAUCCGGAUUCUUAGCGCGGACUCCCGAGUGCCGCUUUUCUCUACGUGCUCCGCACAUGCGCGGCUGCUUGUCCCUUCUUCCUCCGCUUCCACUGGCGUCCACGGUUCGCCGAGCCGCCGCCAGCAUCGCGGAGGAGUCGGGGAGUUCAAGAUGGCCGCCACGGAGCCCCCGUCGCUGCGGGAGCAAGCUGAGAUGGAUGAUGCUGAUAAUUCUGAAAAGAGUGUAAAUGAAGAAAAUGGAGAAGUAUCAGAAGACCAAUCUCAAAAUAAACACAGUCGUCACAAAAAAAAGAAGCAUAAACACAGAAGUAAACAUAAGAAACAUAAACAUUCCUCAGAAGACGAUAGGGAUAAAAAACACAAACAUAAGCAUAAGCAUAAGAAACACAAACGGAAAGAAGUUAUCGAUGCUUCCGACAAAGAAGGCCUGUCCCCUGCAAAAAGAACUAAGCUUGAUGAUUUAGCUUUGCUGGAAGACUUGGAAAAGCAGAGAGCCUUGAUUAAAGCUGAGCUCGAUAAUGAGUUAAUGGAGGGGAAGGUCCAGUCUGGAAUGGGGCUCAUUUUGCAAGGCUAUGAGUCUGGUUCUGAAGAAGAAGGAGAGAUUCAUGAAAAGGCAAGAAAUGGGAACAGGUCCAGUACCAGGUCUUCCAGUACUCGGGGAAAACUUGAAAUUACGGACAACAAAAAUAGCGCAAAAAAGCGAAGUAAGAGCAGAUCCAAAGAACGGACCAGGCAUAGGUCGGACAAGAGGAAAAGCAAGGGCGCUGUGGAAAUGGUGAGAGAGAAAGCAAACAGGAGCAAGUCCAAGGAGAGGAGAAAAUCCAAAAGCCCGUCCAAAAGAAGCAAGUCUCAAGACCAAGCUAGAAAGUCAAAGUCCCCUCCACUCAGACGGCGGUCCCAAGAGAAAGUGGGGAAGGCCAGAUCUCCUGCUGAGGAGAAGGUGAAGAGUGAAGAGAAAGGCAAAAUAAAGGAUAGGAAAAAAUCACCAAUUGUAAAUGAAAGGAGUCGAGAUAGAUCUAAAAAAUCCAAGUCCCCAGUUGACUUAAGAGAUAAAUCCAAAGACAGAAGGUCAAGGUCCAAAGAGCGGAAAUCAAAACGAUCUGAAAUUGACAAAGAAAAGAAGCCAAUUAAAUCACCUUCAAAGGAUGCUUCUUCUGGGAAGGAAAAUAGGUCACCCAGUAGAAGACCUGGCCGUAGUCCUAAAAGAAGAAGUUUGUCUCCAAAACUUCGAGACAAGUCGAGAAGAAGUAGGUCUCCGCUUCUCAAUGACAGAAGAUCUAAGCAGAGCAAAUCGCCUUCUCGAACUCUGUCUCCAGGCAGAAGGGCCAAGAGCCGAUCCUUAGAAAGAAAACGGAGAGAACCAGAGAGGAGACGACUUUCUUCUCCGAGAACACGACCUCGAGAUGAUAUCCUUGGUAGAUGUGAACGGUCAAAAGAUGCCAGCCCCAUCAAUAGGUGGUCUCCAACCCGAAGAAGAAGUAGGUCUCCCAUUAGAAGGAGAUCCCGUUCCCCAUUGAGACGCAGCAGGUCUCCUAGAAGAAGAAGCAGGUCUCCUCGGAGAAGAGAUAGGAGCCGAAGGAGCAGGUCACGCUUGAGGAGAAGGUCUCGAUCACGGGGUGGUCAUAGGAGAAGGAGCAGAAGCAAAGUAAAGGAAGAUAAAUUUAAAGGAAGUCUCUCAGAAGGAAUGAAAGUUGAGCAAGAGUCUUCAUCUGAUGAUAACCUUGAAGAUUUUGAUGUGGAGGAGGAAGAUGAAGAGGCUCUGAUAGAACAGAGAAGAAUACAGAGGCAAGCAAUUGUGCAGAAAUAUAAAUAUCUUGCUGAAGAUAGCAAUAUAUCUGUACCAUCUGAGCCAAGCAGCCCCCAGAGCAGCACAAGAUCACGAUCUCCUUCACCAGACGACAUCUUGGAGCGAGUUGCUGCUGAUGUAAAAGAAUAUGAGCGGGAGAAUGUUGAUACGUUUGAGGCCUCAGUAAAAGCCAAGCAUAAUCUAAUGACAGUGGAACAGAAUAACGGCUCAUCUCAGAAGAAGCUUUUGGCACCUGAUAUGUUUACAGAAUCUGAUGAUAUGUUUGCUGCUUAUUUUGAUAGUGCUCGUCUCCGAGCUGCUGGCAUUGGGAAAGAUUUCAAAGAAAAUCCCAACCUCAGAGAUAAUUGGACAGAUGCAGAAGGCUAUUACCGUGUGAACAUCGGGGAAGUCCUAGAUAAACGUUAUAAUGUGUAUGGCUACACUGGGCAGGGUGUGUUCAGCAAUGUUGUACGUGCCAGGGAUAAUGCAAGAGCCAACCAGGAAGUGGCUGUAAAGAUCAUCAGGAACAAUGAACUCAUGCAAAAGACUGGUUUAAAAGAGCUAGAAUUCUUGAAAAAACUUAAUGAUGCUGAUCCUGAUGACAAGUUCCAUUGCCUACGCCUCUUUAGACACUUUUACCACAAACAGCAUCUCUGUCUCGUGUUUGAGCCUCUCAGUAUGAAUUUGCGAGAGGUAUUAAAAAAAUAUGGUAAGGAUGUCGGUCUCCAUAUUAAGGCUGUACGAUCGUACAGUCAGCAGUUGUUCCUGGCAUUGAAACUCCUUAAAAGAUGUAAUAUCCUACAUGCAGAUAUCAAACCAGAUAAUAUUCUGGUUAAUGAAUCCAAAACAAUUUUAAAACUUUGUGAUUUUGGAUCGGCCUCACAUGUUGCAGAUAAUGACAUAACGCCUUAUCUUGUCAGUAGAUUUUAUCGUGCUCCGGAGAUCAUUAUAGGUAAAAGCUAUGACUACGGUAUCGAUAUGUGGUCUGUAGGUUGUACCUUAUAUGAACUCUAUACUGGAAAAAUCUUAUUCCCUGGCAAAACUAAUAACCAUAUGUUGAAGCUCGCCAUGGACCUUAAAGGAAAAAUGCCAAAUAAGAUGAUCCGGAAAGGGGUAUUCAAAGAUCAACAUUUUGACCAAAACCUGAACUUCAUGUACAUAGAGGUUGAUAAAGUAACAGAGAGGGAGAAAGUUACUGUCAUGAGCACCAUUAAUCCAACUAAGGACCUGUUGGCUGACUUGAUUGGGUGCCAGCGACUUCCUGAAGAUCAACGUAAAAAAGUACACCAGCUAAAGGACUUGUUGGACCAGAUCCUAAUGUUGGACCCAGCUAAGCGAAUUAGCAUCAACCAGGCCCUGCAGCAUGCAUUCAUCCAGGAAAAAAUUUAAAUGAGAUGAAGAAACUCCAAGGGUUUGAGUAAUUAAAUACAAAGACUGAAGAAAUUUCACAGCAGUUUAUUAUUAAUGUAUAUAAACUUAUAAAUAUUUCUGCAGCAAAUUUGAGGAAGCAUGAUAUAUUUGAAUUAACACCGAGGGUGAUAUUUCUUUUAGAAAUGUUAGUUAAUCUGUUUUGUGUCUUAUGUGAAAUUUCACUGUAGAAAUGUUUUAAUUGCCAAGACUGCACAGAAUUACAGUGCUAAUGUAUAUGGUUGCAGUUCACAUAAAAGACAAAAGCGUCUGUUAUGAGUGGCAGUGCUGGGUGGUUGAUUUGUUUUUAGCAGACUUGGCUUCAGUUUGCUCUUCAGAUACAAUGGCCAGCAUAAAUGCUGUUUAUAUUCACGUUUUCCUAGGUGUGUGUGUGCAGGCCACAGCAGCAUGCCCUUGGUGUAGUCAGUGCCGAAGGGAGUCUGUUCCUUCUUGAGCCUGCCUGCAGGGAUGUCUCCUCUUUUAAAGCAGGUUGUGUACAACAUUCAGUACACUGAAGGUAAGCUAAACCAUCAACAUCACCAGUGUUUUAAGAUGUUAUUUUAUUGGAAUAAUUGAAAAUGAGGGAUAGCUUUGUGGCAGAAUUCCCUGCAUGUGUGAUAACUGAUCUUGUUUUACUUUUUCGCAUCGCAACUGUGGCAUAGUUACAGUUUCUGUUCUGUUCAUCACAUUUACAAUUGAAGCGUAUGCGCUUGAUGGAUAGAGCGCCUUCAGUGUACUGUUUCUUAUUAACUUCACUUUUUAUUAAAUCAACUUGCUAUAGACUUUAUACAUUUUGUUAAAUACAGUUCUUAGUGACAUAGAGACUGCAUAGUUUUCAUUUACUAAUUAAAAUGUUGAGGCCUACUUCUGAAAGUCCUCAUAUUUAAAAGAUAGACAACAUAAUGAGAUUUUUAACUAUUUGUAUGUCAUUUUGAAAGUGUACUGCUUUAUGGUAAAAGUGUUUUUCAUUUGUUCAUUGUUUGCAUUAUUUGUGAUCAUGUUGUCUUUCAAUACAGGCAUAAACCUUCCACUCUUGAACAAAGCAGCUGCUUUUUAAAAGCGGUAAUUGCUUCUUUACCUUUUAUUUCUUUUGUAAAUGAAGCUUUUCUUUUAAAAUGUGACUUUAAAGUGUUGUCUAUUGCAUAAACAGUUGACACUCACUUACUGUAAUGAGAAGAUUGUUCUGCAUGGGAAGUGGACCGUGCAGAUUUCUGUAUGUUCUCAGUAUGCAUCACUAGAUAAUAAAGUCUUUUGUGAACAAGGCAUUUGUAGCCAUUUUUAAAAGAUUUUGUCUUCAGUGCUGGUAAGUCAGGUAAACUGUAAAUAGUUAAAGCAGUCUGUUUUUCUCCUGAAAGGAUUACCUGCUAAAGAUGUAACUCAGUAUAGCCUUAUUUCUAAAUUGUUUUAAUAAUUAAGGUCUUAAUUAUUUCAUCCAGAAAAAGUUCUUCAAAUGUUGUCAGCUUUCAGUGUAGUGAGGUUAUUCCUCAGUGUAGUAGGUUAUGGGGUAUAACUCAGGAUUUAACUAAUGUUUCUGCUAUUUUCUCACUUUUCCUUUUGAUGGUGCGGAAAGAGAAAAAGGAAAACGGGGCACAGGCCAUUCGACGCCUUCUCCAAGGGGUCUGAUUUGCUGAGACACCAGCUUCACCUUCUUAACAAGGUUAUUUCUGACAGCAUGUGUAGAUAAACAUUUAGCAGCAAUUUAAAACAAAAUCAUGUAAAUCAGCUUGGUUUUGCGACACAAAGGAUUGUGUAUGUUUAAGAUGGUAGAGAGGAUUUUUAAAAUCCUUUGUAAUCUUUUCUGUUUGGGAGUGGGUAAACUCACUGUUUGUCUCCCUGAGGAUUAGGGAGAACAGUAACAUUUGGGGGUUUAAAUAGUAUUUUUACAUUGUAAAUGGGAUUUUUUUAUUCACCCAGGCACCUAAUUACAACAAGCAUGCACAUUUUGGUGCAUUCAAGAAUGGAAUAGCAGAAUAGCAGCAUUCUCCUGGUGGGCUAUGCUCCAUUUAAAGACAUGAAAUGAACUGCACAGCCAGGAAGGUGAUAGAUGAGAUAAUAAACCACCUAUGAACUACACCCGUCUCCUCAUGGUUAGACUAAAAUAAACACACGGCAAUUUCCAGCUACAGGUAGAGUGAGGCCUUUUAAAUAAGGCAUCACGGGCGCAGCGUCCACCUUAAUGAUAUGGGUAGGGAUUUUCCCACCAUGCUUACUUUACUUUGGUGCUAUUAUGCUGCAUAUUCAGGUCUUUUAUAGUUGUUUUCACUCAAAAUAGUAACUGCUUUCUUCUGAUGAUUUUCAUGGCUUCAUUUUGUAGUUAUUUAAUAAGUUGAUUUCCACUAGAAACAGUUCAUCUUAUGCCUUCAAAGCUUUUGCCUGCUCUUUAAAAACACAAAGUUGCUUGUUACUUGUUCUUUGUGUUUUAGGUGCAGCUCACUGGAAGAUGACGGCAGCCAGAAGACAUGAGCCAAGGUUUCUGUCCCAUAAAAGAUCUUUUCAGUUCUCAUUUAGUGUGUGUCUGACUUGUAGUUUCAGCGUUACAGUUUGGGUUUCAUUGCUGUGGUAUUAGAACAGUGCUGUUGUGCCCAUCUGUAAAGUGCUCCUUGUAUAUCAUAGUUCCUGCAGCUACAGCCUUCCUCGAAAGUAAAAAGCAAGUUUAGUCAUAAAAAGCCCACAUUUCAUAGCUGUCAGAAUUAGGUCCUAAAGAUCACUAAGAAAAAAAAUAGCUGUCAGGUUAGUGUACAUUUGAAAAUAACCUGCAAGUUGCAUGUGGUAGCCACACCUGUAACCUCAGCACGCCUGGAGUGGAGGCAGAAGGAUGUGGGGUUCAAGGUCUGCCUGGCCUAUCAGAGCUUUUUUUUUUAAUGCUUUGGCUUUAAGCAGGUGCCUAAAUCAUAAGAGUAGCCUAGGAUUUUAACAAGCUAGUCAACUCCUUUAAUAGCUGUGCUUUGUUUUAGUUCUUUGUGAGCAACUUUUUAGUGUCAGAGACAUAAAAUAGUAAUGGCGGGUGUUGGGGAGGUGAGAAAGGUGGUUCUAUACCAUCACCUUCCUGACCUUUAAGGAACCGGGGAACUGCACUAGAUAAACGUCCUUGUGUUUGAUGUGGUAACCUCACUGAGGUAGACGUUUGGAGUUAUGUAAGGCCUCUCUUAGGUUUAGGUCAGUUGUGAAUGAUCUAUUGGACAGACCUGCAUUCAUGGUUCUGAGUAGCUGGAAAGCCUUCAGGUGAAGCUGACAGGAAGUUCAAGCUUUCAUACUUGAUAGCAGAAAUGACAAGGCAUCACCUAACCUGAGGGCCAUAAAACUUUUUUUGUGUUUAGAAAAUUUUUAAAGCCAAUUUAUGUUUUUUUGUGGGAAAUAAAGAAUACCAAGAUAUGUGGAUAUUCAUGUAAUCAUUAUUUACAUGGGCAAUUAGUCCAAAGACCUUGUAACAUUUUUCUGGGCAGUCCAUGCACACACCUUGAAGAGGGUUCAGAAAACUCUUAAGCAGUUUUUCUGAGGUCAAAGGAGGAACAGCCAGCCAGGAAGCAUUCAUCAGAAACGUUAGGUCUCUUGACAGACUUUGUUCUCAAGGACCUUCAGAUAUGAGGGAGUUGGGCAAUUCUGAAGAGGAUCAGCAUUCUGUUAUAACCAAGGACCUUCCGGUGUUUGUAUUUACGCUCAAGUCCUAAUUAACAACGGUCUGUUUCUUCAUUCCCAGUGGCUACUUCCUCAGCUAUUUUAUUUUUAAAAAACAAUGUGAUUUUUACCAUUGCAAUUACCAUCUUUUUUUUUCCCCCCGUAACAAGAUUAAAUUUCUCAGGACACUUUUGGGAUACAAAAUACAUAUUUUAUGGUAUGUAGCAGAGUUAGUGAAAUGUAAUGUUCUCAUUUUGGCCCCAGAUUUGCAUUUCUUCUAGUCUACUCUAGCAUCUUAGGGAGAAAUAGACUCGGAAAUGAAACAAAGGAAUUACAUGUGUGAAAAUUUAAAUUAUUUAAGGAAUGAGUGUGUAAUUUUUGGAUAAGAUUGUAUAGUGAGAUAUGACAAUAUAGUAGGUGAUCUUCCUCCUUAUGGUAGCAUUUGGGCCCUAUAGGUAAUGUUUUAUGGCUCUUAUACGUUCAACAUGAAUUUAUUCUACAUGCAAUGUCCUAAUAUAAAUGUUCACUGCAAAUCAUUUGUAAUUUUUCCAUGUCAGUGUUGAAUACAGUUGACUAAGGUUCGGGAUUUUUUGUUUUUUGUUUGUUUUGGGGCUUCCUUGCCAUACCACUGUAGCAUCCUUACUUUUUCUUCUUCUGUGUAUAGGGUAAGGGACUGUUCUUCUGAAGAGCCAUUCCAUUUAGUGAUCAAGAUACGGAAGCUGAUCUAAGAAAAUGUUGUGUAUUCUAACUGUUCUUGACACCAUUUGAGUUGUAACUUACAUUGUAGCAGCCAAUGAUCCCAAACGACUUAAUAGGAAGCUUAAUAAAGUGUGCCUCUUGCUACCAUA